AAGAGGAGAGCCAUUCGUACUUCAAAUUUCGCAACUGCUGAACCACUGAACCCUAACCUCACGACGACGUUCGUGAUUCCGGCCAUUCCUACGGGAGACGGCAUUACUUGAUUCCAUUCCGGCGACUCUCCGGUGAGAGGUUGCAAAGUAAGGGUGUGAUUGGCAGUGGUUAUCUUUCUGCCCUCUGAAUUGGUUAAACAAUGUCUUCUUCAGAUGGGGAGGAUGAGGCUGUGCCACAGUCUGUUGCAAAUUAUCAUUUUGUAGAUGACAAGGAUGAACCUAUUACAUUUUCUGUUUUGCCUAUUCAGUGGAGUGACAAUGAGAGCCCAGAAUUUACAAAAAAGCAGAUCUUUUUGCACGGGACAGCGGAUGGGUUUCAGAAAAUCUAUAAGCAGGUUAUAUCAUGGAAGUUCGAACUUUCGGAUGCACAGCCUGAGAUUUCAGUGCUUUCCAAGGAGAGAAAUUGGAUUAAUCUCCAAAAGCCAAGGAAGAGUUUUGAGGAUACAAUCAGGACAAUCUUGAUCACGGUGCAAUGCCUUCACUUUGUGAGGAAGAAUCCAGAUACAUCUAGCAAAUCCUUGUGGGAACAUAUUCGGAAAGUUUUCUGCUCAUAUGAUGUCCUACCUUCUGAGAAUGACCUGUUGGAUAACAUGCUUGUAAUUCGGGCAGCUGUUCAAAGAGACAAUAAAUUGGCAAAAUCGAAGUAUCUACUUACAUUUCUUGAGGAGAAGCCCAGGAAGAGGAGCUUAGAUGAGGAUGGUUUGCAGGAUGUUCAAUGUGGUUCAGACGCAAAAAUACGUAAAUUUAUUGUUGACGAUGAAGAUAUGGAAGGAGAUGAAUCUGAUGAAGAGAAUGACCUUUUUGAUUCUGUUUGUGCUUUUUGUGAUAAUGGUGGUACCAUUUUGUGUUGUGAAGGGAGGUGCUUGAGGUCAUUUCAUGCAACCAGAAAGGAUGGUGCUGAGUCUCAGUGUGAAUCCCUUGGUUUAUCCAGGUUUCAGGUGGAGGCCAUUACAAACUUUCUCUGUAAGAAUUGUCAAUAUAAACAGCACCAGUGUUUCGCAUGUGGAAAAUUGGGUUCUUCUGAUAAAGCUAAUCAUGCUGAGGUCUUUCAUUGUGCUUCCGCAACUUGUGGUCAUUUCUAUCAUCCUCAAUGUGUUGCAAGACUGCUUCAUCGGGGAGACGAUGCUAAAGCUCAAGAACUUGAGAAAAAGAUUGCUGUAGGGGAAACAUUUACAUGUCCUGUCCAUAAGUGCCUUGUCUGUAAACAAGGAGAAAAAAAGGAGGAUGAUGAUUUGCAGUUUGCAGUAUGUAGACGUUGUCCUAAGGCGUACCACAGGAAAUGCUUGCCUAGGGAGAUCGCGUUUGAAGAUUUGGAGGAUGACGAUAUCAUACAAAGGGCUUGGGAUGAUCUCCUUCCGAAUCGUAUCUUGAUAUACUGUUUGGAGCAUGAUAUUGACGAAGACAUUGGGACGCCAGUGAGAGAUCACAUUCUAUUUCCAUAUGUUGAAGAAAAGAAGAAAAAGCGUCCUUUUGAGUUGCAAUCAGGCAAAGAGAAGAUCAGUACAGAAAAUAGAACUGUAGGUUCUGAUGACUCCACAAAAAAAAAUACUGUGAGGACUCUGAAACAACUUGGAAAGGUGCCUUCUGCUGUUAGAGAUGGUAGUUCUGUUGAAAAAAGUGUGAAACAACUUUCUGGGCAAGGAUAUGAUUUGUCAAAGAAAUCCACAAUAGUUGGCUCUAGGAAACCUCCUCUCAAAGAGAAGACAAAGCCCGUCUCCGACACGCCUUCUACAGCAGAAGAAAGCAAGUUAUCCUUGAGAGAGGAGAAGUUGAAUUCAGUGUUGAAUAGAGGGUUGGAACCAGUUAAGAGUAAGCAGAAGGAUGUAACCGGUGGUAAACUUGGAACCAUGACCGUGAAACCUGUCUUGAAGAAAUCAAACAGUUCUUCUUCAGUUGAUCCUGAAACAAAGAAAAGGAUACUGGAUUUAAUUCAAUGUUAUUCAUCAUCAAUCACCUUAGAGAAAAUCACGGAGAAAUUCAAAAUGCCAGUUACACAUGCACACUCCUCAAAAAACAUGGUUGACAGGACCAUUACUCAGGGAAAGGUGGAGGGUUCCGUUGAGGCUGCUCGUGCGGCUUUACAGAAGUUUGAAGAAGGAUGGAGCAUUGAUGAUGUGAAGGAACUUUGUGCACCUGAUGUCCUGUAUAAGCUAGUUCAAUGGAAGAAUAAGCUUAGAGUAUAUCUUGCGCCCUUUCUUCACGGCAUGCGUUAUACAUCUUUUGGGCGCCAUUUUACUAAAAUUGACAAGCUUAAGGAGAUCGCUGACAUGCUCCACUCGUAUGUUCAACCUGGUGAUACGAUAGUUGAUUUCUGCUGUGGUGCCAAUGACUUUAGUUGGCUAAUGAAAGAAAAGCUUGAAGAAACUGGCAGGAAGUGUUCGUUCAGGAACUAUGAUCAUAUUCAGCCAAAGAAUGACUUUUGCUUUGAGAAGAGAGAUUGGAUGAAGGUCUGGCCAAAAGAAUUGCCAACUGGAUCCCAAUUGAUCAUGGGUCUAAAUCCUCCAUUCGGAGUUAAAGGUGCUCUAGCAAACCAAUUCAUUGAUAAGGCCCUUGAGUUCAAGCCUAAGAUCCUCAUUCUUAUCGUUCCACCUGAAACAGAAAGAUUGGAUGAAAAGGAAUCACCAUAUGACCUGAUUUGGGAGGAUGAUAAGAAACUCUCUGGCAAGUCCUUUUACCUUCCUGGGUCUGUUGACGUGAAUGACAAACAAAUGGACCAAUGGAACGUAAAACCACCACUGCUGUCUCUUUGGAGCCGCCCUGAUUGGACUGCAAGGCACAGAGAAAUAGCUCUCAAGCAGGGCCACAUAUCCAAGGAGCAGAGAAGGUCAUCUAUGGAAAAAAAUAAUCUUAAUGAUGCACGAGUUUCUGAUCAUUCACCAAAAAUAAAACCAGUCAUUGAUAAUCGUAAGGAAGAUGAUCAUGAUCACUAUAUCGGUAUCUCUAAAUCGAGUCACAUUCUGAGUAGAACACAUGAUCUGCCCGAGCAAAAAAAUGAAACAGAACCUGAAGAAACAAGAACAGUUGUACCUGAAGAGCAGAAGGAAAGCUUCCCACUGAAACAUGAUGUCAGAGUCAUCCGAGAUAGGCAUGACAAAAGUGCUGUUGGAGAAGGCCAUGAUAAGCAUCAUAACCGUAAGAGGAACCAGUCCUCUGAGAAUCCAAAGGAAUGGCAAGAUAAGAAGAGGCAAACAAAGGCUAAAGCUGAUGCACCAUCCGAGAGAAAAUAUGACAGUGUCAGGCCUCAGUCCAGAGAGAAACACAGUAGAACACCUCCAGUGGCCAAUUCCCUCCUAGACAGGACAGAUUCCAGAAACUUAUUGGAGCCUCAGUCCAGAGAGAGACACAGUAGAACACCUCCAGUGGCCAAUUCCCUCCUAGACAGGACAGAUCCCAGAAACUUAUUGGAAAGUCAUUCAUCUGAAGGCCAUGAGAUUAUCCCAGAAAGGGCCGUCAACGACGAAAGCUCCCGGCAUUUUCAGCCCGGCCUUUCUGGUUCUGGUUUGGGGUUUUUAACUGGAUAUGGAGGGAAUCGUAGUAGUUUUGCCUCUGAGGAUUUUGAUGAUAUUGAAAGGAGGUAUAGUUUGAGCUCAGGUAACCAGUUUUCGGGUGGGACCCAUAUAGGGGCAACUGGCAGUAGUUCGACCCUGCCCCAGGAGUAUGGGGUUCGCGGUUCGAUUGAAGAGUUCUCACGGUACACUAGAGACGGUAUGGAUAAGUAUGGUGGGCGGUCAUACGUGACUGAACGGGAUGAGUUCAAUAGGAGGGAGGAUAUCAGGUCGCAGCUCCGUCUUUAUGGCCAGCAAAAUGGUGAAACUUUGCCCCGCAGCAGCACCCUUCAAGCUGGUCAAUCGCUGUCUUCCACACCUUAUGGGCUUAUGGGUUCAGCAAGUGAUUCAUCCUACCAAAGGAUGAACUCAUCAGCAAUGCAGCGGUACGCACCUCGCCUUGACGAGUUGAACCACACAAGGAUGAGUACUUAUGGGGCUGAUACUUCAGGGACUGCUGGUAGAAGUGCUUAUGACGUGCAGGGGACGCAAAGUGGCUUCCAUGUUGACUCGAUCGGCUUUGUGCCUGGUCCACAACGCCCCUUCUCCCACCAUAAUAACUCAUCUGGCUGGCUCAAUGAGUGAGUCUUCUCUCACAAUUAAGC